UCUGGCCAAAUUUCUUCUCUCUCUUGUUUAUGUAGAGAGCAAGGAUCACGACAGUGCUGUCACCAUAUCGGACGCUGAUGCUCUCACUGGUGCGGUAGUGGCUUUCGUUUCGUGUCGGCCAGACAGUGUCUGAGAGUGACAGGUGUCGUUUCAAAACCCCGGAGUCUCCAAACGGGGGAAGGGGUUGGACUGCUGAGUGCACUUGAGCGACUUGUGCUCUUUUUUUUUUUUUUUUUUUCUUACUGUGACUGAAUAAAAAAUCCGAUUGGAGCAAGCGGCGUGUCUCGGUCGUGUGAGCUGGAGUGUGAACUUCCUGAAACGCACAAAUAUUCAGUAGAUACUCAGAAACAGUAGCACAGUGCUGUGUACAGAUAAGGAGCGAUCAAGAAGGGGUCAAAGGUCAUUCCACUGCAAUGGAGAGAGGCAAAACGAGAGGGGUCUUGAAACUGGCUCUUUUCCUGGCCCUACUACACCAGGGUGCCGGUGAAUACGUGAGGGAUUUGCAGAUGUGUGGGGAAUGGAUUCAUGGAAAAUCCCGGAAUGUCUGGUUUGAUGUUGGCAAAGGGUGUGGGAACAUUACCAUCGCGGCAAACGAAACCACACUGUCUAUCCAGGGGGAUAUCACCGGGAAUUGCGAGAAUUCCUCUACGAUCCCUCUUCCUGUGGCCGGAGGGAAGAGCUUGUUCUGCGUGUUUUGGGAACCUCUCCUAGACCUCCUGGAGGUAAACUUAGGAGACAGGAACUACACCCUGUGUAAGAGCGCCGCCCUCCAGGAGUCCUGCUGUGCCGGCCUGUCCAGCAAGGGAAACAAGGCUGCCUCUGGGAAUUAUGGAAUUGUGAACGGAAGCGAAAAAGGGGAUUUCAUAGAAACCAGAGUCCAGGAAUCCUUCAAGUUCUACGGGCACCAGGAGGACUGCCAAAAAGACUUGUGCAGUGAACGUUCUGCAAAAUUAAUUGAAGAGAUGGCACUGAGGUCAGGUGUGAUUGGCCAGGUAGACCUGCCCUGUGCCCAGGUGUCCACUCAGAGGCUGGGGGAGGGAUUCCAAGGCCGUGAGGUCAUCCUGCAGGCCUCAGCCCUGAAAAGUGGGCCAUCGGUGACAGUUUGGCUGCCCCCCUCUCUGGCACCCAGUGUGGGGACCGGAGCCUCCGCGGUGCUGACGUACUACAAGGAGAACACGCUGUUCCAGACGCCGGAGGACAGGAUCCUGGAUGAGGUGGUGGGCAUCUCCCUGGAGGGCAAAGUCGUCUCCCACCUCGCCCCGCCGCUGAGGCUCGUCUUCCGUCACGCACCGGUGGCGAAAAAUGAAACGACCAGAUGUGUGUUCUGGGACACAAACAGAGACCCAGCGAAAGUAACCUGGAGACAGGAAGGCUGUGAGACACGCAGGACGAAGGAGGGAACCGAGUGUCGUUGUGACCACCUCACCUACUUCGCCAUCCUGGUGGAGCUGAAGCCGAGCUCGUCGGUGGAUAACCUGGAGGCCCUGACAUACAUCACAUCCGUGUGCUGUGCCAUCUCGCUGUGCAGCUGCGUGGCCCUCGUCAUCUUGUACACGCGGGCGCUGAGACGCAUGAAGAAACCAGACAGGAGUAAUUCCUCCAUCCCCAUCCAUCUGAGCCUGGCCAUAUCGCUGCUGCUCCUCUGCGCGCUGUUCGUGCUGACGGGGGUGCUGGCGAACGUGGGGGGCGAGGAGGCGUGGGUGUGCCGGGCGGUGGGGGCUGCUCUGCAUUACGCCCUGCUCUGCUCCUUCUCCUGGAUGGGCCUGGAGGUGCUGAAGGCCUUCUGGCUGGUCCACUGGACCAUGGACCCCUUCCUCAGCCAUCGCGUCUGCAGCCUGCUGGGGUUCGGUCUCCCCGCCUUCCUCGUCGUCGUGUUUGUGUGCAUUAACGGCGUGUAUGGCACCCGAGACAUCACGCCCAGCAGUGAUAUCACCAGUCCCUACUCAAUGUGUUGGAUCAUGGACACUCCCAGCGGUUGGGUGAUCCACUACCUCACCAACGUGACGUUCCCGGUGGCGGUGGUGAUAGCGGGCCUGGGCAUGCUGGUUCUGGUUCUGAACACGGCCUUGAACCGAAAGGAGUGGGGUCAGAACCAAGUCACCUUCCUCAGUAUCUGGGGCCUGAGCUGCCUGUUCGGCUGCACCUGGGGCCUGGGGCUCCUGAACUUCGGGCCCCUGUCCGCGGUGACCCUGUUCCUGUUCUGCAUCAUCAACGGCUUGCAAGGUUUCUUCCUCUUGGUGCGGUUCUACCUCCUGGAGUGGAUGACUAAGCGGGAAUCCGUGACAGAGAGCAGAACCACGGACACCCUUGUAUUAAAGGAAGUGGAAGGGGGUUGCUGAUCCGGCACCUCUUCCUGUAGUAGCGGAACCGGGUUACUGUGAGGAAUGUGCUGUCCUGGGCAUUGUACGGUCACUGUUGGCCUUGAGUAAGCGUGUCUUCUUAGCGUUGACCCUAUCUGUGCAUAUACUGUAUUGUACUGCACUUUGUUUCAGUCCUCUCACUGUUUGUGGCACUUAGGAUUUUUUGCUCGUAAUUGUUUAGCUACUUGGUUACUGCACAAAUACUACUUCUCUUAACAUUUAGUGAUCUCUUUGAGAGCUGAUCUUGACCUGCUUAACCAUCUUUAUUUAACCCUUUGAAGAGUACAUUUUAUUUUGGAAUGUUUUUUUUUUCUCAAAAUUUUAAGUCAGUGUUCCAGAACUCCAUAGAUUUCUGUCACCAGCGGUUACAUCAGCAUUAGAAUGUUCACUUAAGAACUUUCCAGUCAUGCUUGUGAUGUCACUCCUUAAAGGGUUAAAAGGAAUACUUUGGCCGGCCAGGUACCACAGGGCCUGAGGGAUUGUGUCAGCGGUGAAUUCUCUGCUUCUUCAGUCAUCCGUCUGACCCCCGCAGUUUGCCUGCAGCCGUUUGCCCUGGUUUCUUACACACAGAGCUUGCAUAGCAGACGCACUUGAAUUAAUGGAAAGCAUUGCGGGUAGGAUUUGAGAAUUUCAAAUUAAGUUACCAAAGAAAACAGUCACACCAUUGUUAAUUCACCUCAUAUCAUAGUCAUAACCAUAUUCAUAUUUGGUAGAAAUAGUUUUCAUGUAUAUGCUGUACUGUGAACAGAUUUGUUUCUCCCUGGGAGUCUCUGAGGUUUCUAGGCUUUGUGCAUGUGCAUGUUCCACUGUACACUCUGAAAUAUUUGGCCCACUUAAGUUACUAAAAACAUUACGAGAGCAGGAAGAAAGCGUUAAAGCAUUGGUUUGUUAAAAGGGAAUGUGGAAUGUAACCAUGGAAAUAUUGUGUUCUAGAAUGUUGCUUAAAGGUGGCAACAGAGACCUCAGACUUAAUGUGACUAAAUGUUUUUUAAUUUUAUUUUUCAGUAAUUGGAGUUCAGUUUAUUUUAAACUUCAACUGAAUUUUCAGAGGCAGAUAGACUGAAUGUAUAAUGUAUCGUUGAUUUUUAUUGUAUUCUUUUGCACUUUUGUACAGUAGUUUUGUAUGUAAUAACUAAAUAUAUAUUUUUGUAUGUUUUUUACCUUUUUGGUCUGGUUGGAAAAUAAUAAUUCUCUCAAAUGUUUUUAACAUGUACUCUAAACUAGUAAAACUUCAUUCUCAAACA